AGUGUCUUGAUAGUGGCUUUUGCUACAUUUGUAGCUCUAUUCGCUCGCAUCUCUCCCAGAUACCCCUCGACGAAACAGCGAUCCUGGAUCCUGACGGCAUUAGCUAGCUCGGUCAUGUCAUUGGCCAGCUUGCCCUUUCUCCUUGACUUUGUGAAGGGUGGCAAAGUGUCUUCCCUUGUAGAACGGCGAUGGUUGUCUGAGAGUGCUUGUCGAUUUUUCCAGGUUUAUCUAUUCUCCGACCUAUCUAUCGGAUCCUUAUACUACCGUGACCGCAUCAAUCUCCUGACCGGCUGGGUACAUCACAUAGUUUAUAUCAUCCUAAUGCAAGUUCUACUCUCGUGGCAAUGGACGCACUUGUUCCUCUUAGCUGCCAUAAUGGAGCUCCCUACGUUCAUUCUAUCUAUUUCCUACCUCUUCCCACAGACGCGGAAUGACAUCUUCUUCGCUGCCGUCUUCUUUAUAACUCGAAUCGCAUUCCACAUCGUUGUUAUCAUACAAUUACUCAACCCAGGAAUUAGAAGGGCCACAGUUAAUGGCUCGUUCUGGGCUCCCGCAUUGUAUAUCGUCGCUUUGCCGAUGCAUGUCCAUUGGUUCAUUGGAUGUGUUCGUGGAAUUCUCAAGCGAUCCAAGGCUGAUAAUUCCCCCUCCCCC